UAUGCAAGUCACACCUUUGUACUCUACAAUUACAAAUUCACUCUCACACUCACUCUCACUAGCCCCCUACUUUCUCUGACACACCUUCUCUUUCUAGUUUCUAUACCCUCAUCUUAGUCUCACAAACCAGUACUAUUACAAGUACUCCUACAGAGUAGUCACCAAAAUUUUGCACAGAAUGAGUGAAACACAUCUCCUUCCUAUACUUCUAGUUAACUAACUAACCAACCGUUUUCUUUCCCAUUUUCUCCAUUCUCUAUUAUAAAUUUUCAACUAUUUUUCCUUUCUUCACAUGCCAUUCAACCAACUUCACUAAAAAAACCAACAAAAAAAUCCAAAAUGAUAACACUAAAAGAUCUUUACACUGUCUUAACAGCAGUGGUUCCAUUAUAUGUUGCUAUGAUCUUAGCCUACGGUUCGGUCCGUUGGUGGAAGAUUUUCUCACCGGAUCAAUGUUCCGGUAUAAACCGUUUUGUCGCGGUUUUCGCCGUACCUCUCCUUUCCUUCCACUUCAUCUCAACCAAUAAUCCAUACCAAAUGAACUUCAGGUUCAUAGCUGCAGACACACUUCAAAAAAUCAUCAUGCUAGUAGCACUUUCAUUAUGGACAUUGUUCACUAAAAAUGGCAAUUUAGAAUGGAUGAUAACAAUCUUUUCAUUAUCAACACUUCCUAACACUUUGGUUAUGGGAAUUCCUUUGUUAAUUGCUAUGUAUGGUGAUUAUUCAGGUAGCUUAAUGGUUCAAGUUGUGGUUCUUCAGUGUAUUAUUUGGUACACUCUUUUGCUUUUUCUUUUUGAGUACCGUGGUGCUAAGCUUUUAAUCAUGGAGCAGUUUCCAGAAACCGCGGCUUCCAUCGUUUCCUUUAAGGUCGAUUCGGACGUUAUGUCGUUAGAUGGAAGAGAUUUUCUUGAAACUGAUGCAUCAGUUGGUGAUGAUGGGAAGUUACAUGUUACUGUUAGGAAGUCUAACGCGUCGCGGAGGUCAUUUAUGAUGAAUACUCCGCGACCGUCAAAUUUGACUGGAGCUGAGAUUUAUAGUCUCAGCUCCACACCUAGAGGAUCCAAUUUCAACCAUCAGGAGUUUUACUCCAUGAUGGGUUAUCAACCAAGACAUUCCAAUUUUGGGGCUAAUGAUUUGUAUUCUGUUCAGUCUUCUUCUAGAGGACCAACUCCUAGACCUUCAAAUUUCGAAGAAAACGGUGCAAGUUCUCCUAGAUUCGGGUUUUAUCCGGCUGCGCAAACCGUGCCUACUUCGUAUCCGGUGCCGAACCCGGAAUUCUCCUCUACUACUAAACCUGUGAAGAAUCAGAAUCAAAAUUUGAUGCCGCAACAACCGCAGGUUCAAUUGCAGACAAAAGGUUCUCAGGAUAAAGAGUUGCAUAUGUUUGUGUGGAGCUCAAGUGCUUCGCCGGUUUCGGAAAGUGCUGGCCUCAACGUGUUCCGAAAUUCGGAACAAUCGGAAGAGGGUGCUAAGGAGAUCAGGAUGGUGGUGGCUGAUGAACAUAAUCAAAAUGGUGAAACCAAUAACAAAGGUGGUCAAGAAAAGGAAAUAGGUGGGGAAGAGGACUUCAAGUUCAAUGGGGUGAAGGUAGGAGAACAAGGAGAAGGACCCAAUGGGCCUAACAAGCUCGGGUCGAAUUCAACGCCGGAGCUCCACCCUAAAGCCACUGGAGUCGCGGAUUCAAGUGUCGGAAAACUCAUGCCUCCGGCGAGCGUCAUGACACGUCUCAUACUCAUUAUGGUUUGGAGGAAGCUUAUCCGUAAUCCAAACACUUAUUCAAGUCUCAUUGGUCUUAUUUGGUCCCUUGUUGCCUUUAGGUGGGAUGUUCAUAUGCCUAAAAUAAUAGAGAAAUCAAUUUCCAUACUGUCUGAUGCUGGUCUUGGAAUGGCUAUGUUUAGCUUAGGUCUGUUUAUGGCUCUUCAACCCAAGAUCAUUGCAUGUGGGAAUUCUGUUGCUUCAUUUGCCAUGGCUAUAAGAUUCCUUACUGGUCCAGCAGUUAUGGCAGCAGCUUCUAUCGCCGUUGGCCUCCGUGGGACCCUCCUACAUGUAGCUAUUGUUCAGGCUGCACUUCCACAAGGGAUUGUUCCAUUUGUGUUUGCAAAAGAGUACAAUGUUCAUCCAGCCAUUCUUAGUACAGCGGUUAUAUUUGGUAUGUUAAUAGCCCUUCCAAUUACUCUACUCUACUACAUUCUCCUUGGUUUGUAAAAACACCUAUUCAUACUUUGGAAGAUAGUAAACAUGCAUGGAAACCACAAAUGAAGUAUUCUAUUCUUCUCAAGGAGGAAGUUUUUUAUUAUUUUUUUUAUUUGAGAAGGAUCGCUACUAACUAGUUAUUUCACCAACAGAAAUUGUCAUUCCAAGUUUCCAAAAAAGAAAAAUGGGAAUUUGAGAAAAGUUGAUAGAUUGAAAUGAAUUCCCAUAAUGCUAAUGUCUCCAUGUUAGAAAUUCCAAGAUUAUGUAAUUUUCAAGGACCUCAAAAGAGAGCAUGUAACAUUGUAAGGGAGACAUAAAAGAGGAAAACAUGGGAAUGGUAGAUUAACCUAAGUCAAAUUAUAUCUAGAAAUGGUUCCCUUUCUAUCAACCAUUUGUAUACUUUAUAUGAAAAUCGGUUGAGGAAGUAAUUAUGUAGAGGAAAAGAAAUUGGAAAUGACAAUGAAGCCUUUUUUACCUAUUAUUA